AUGGCUUCUCUCUUCACUGCUCGGCGGAAACCCAAGCGCAUUGUGCGUGACGAGCCCGAGGCGCAGGCAGACGACGUUGAAGAAGACACUGGCCCCGUCGUGCGGCGGCCGACAGGCAAUGCGCCACGAACAAAGUCCAAGCUGCGCAUGUCCUUCAACCCGGGCGGAGAAGAAGACGAAGCCUCCCAGAGGGGAACCACAGCAACAGGCGGCGGCGGCGGCAGCAGCGGUGGUGACGAGGCUGCUCGCUCUACCAGACCACCCAGGCUAGGUCUGUCCAGCGCGGCACAUUCUCUCCUCCUCAAUCGAAGCGAAGGUCAAGACCGCCAUGACGACAGAGCGCGUAACUUGAAGGAGGGGGACAGCAACAGCAGCAGGCCGACGUACAGCAAAGCCUAUCUCGACGAACUACGCAACUCUACGCCUUCGACGCCCCGCGAUCUCUCUUCUGCCCGCGCGAGCCCAUCUCUAGACUUGGUCGACCCGUCUGCCUCAAACACAGCAGCGGCGCUAGACCUCGAAUCCAAAUUCGGCAAGACUACCCUCCUCUCGUCCUCCUCGUCUUACAUCCCUUCUGCCGCUGAGAUUCGUGAGAAGAAAGAACGUCGCGCGCGGCUGGCGAAAGAACAAGCAGCCAAUGCGGGCUCGGGCGACAAUGCGGGUACAGGUGCGGCGGGUGCAGACUUUAUAUCGCUGGAAGACUACGACUCAGACGGGGAAUUCAAGCCCCGUCGCAUGCAGGUGGGCAUGUACUCUGCGGCGGCGGCGGCGCGGGAGAAAGACACGCGGCUCGUCCACGACGACGAAGACAUGGCAGAGGGCUUUGACGAGUUCGUCGACGACCCGGGUCGCGUGACGUUGUCGCGAAAGGGCCAGCGCGAGCAGACGCUGCGGGAGCGCGAGGCCAUGCGUGCGCUCAUUGACGAGGCCGAGGGUGCGUCGGACGACGAUUCAGCAGCGGGAGGAGGAGAAGAAGCAGGGGGACAAGACCUGUCGGACUCGGACUCGGACUACGAGAGACACGCGCACUACGAGACGGCGCAGACGCACCGCGGCAUGGACGGCCUGGGCGCCGCGCACGCCGCGCACACGAGGCAGGCGAACCGCCCCCGACAGCCGCGCGACACGACGGCCAUCCCGAAGCUGAGCGCCGGCCUCGCGAGGCUGAGGGACAUGGUGUCGCGCCUCGAGUUCGAGACGGCCCGCAUCCACAAGCGCCGCGCCGACAUUGCGCGGGAAAGGUCCGAGAUCAAGCUGAGCCAGGACCACAUCCAGACCAGUCUCGAGGAAGCCGGCAAGGAGCUCGAACGGGUGACCAGGGAACAUCUAGGUUCUGGCCCUGGCCCUGGUUCUGGUCCUGGUACUGGUCAUGCCCAAGGUCCGGAUCGUGCUCAACAAACCACGACUGCCUCUACUGAUACCACUACUGCUGCUGCUGCUGCUACUCACAACGGGUCUUUGUCGACCGCAGAGAGGGGCCUGGAGACUUUGGGAGGAAGUGCUGGAUAG